UUUGCUUGGGCUCUGUGAUGCACUCGUAUACUUAAGGGAAUUUAUUUACUUAAGAAUUGACACGCGUUCUUUUUUUUUCUUUUGUGUGGACUUUCUGACUAUUUAGAAACAACCAUGUCUGCAUAUUUUACAAGAAAUGCCAGGAAACUGGCAGCUACUGGUGCUUUGGUUGCUGGUAGUGCUGCUGCUGGUUGGUGGUUCACUCAAUGCAAUACCCAUCACGCUCGCCUAGGAACCACCAAUGUUCAUCUGAGGUACCCUGCCAGUGCCAACUAUCCUGAUCUGACUAAUCAUAACAAUGUCAUGGCUUCCAAUCUAACCCCUGCAAUUUAUGCCAAAUUGCGCGAUAAGACUACACCUAAUGGAUUCGAUCUUGACCGCUGCAUCCAGACUGGUGUAGACAACCCAGGCCACCCCUUCAUCAAGACUGUGGGCUUAGUGGCUGGGGAUGAGGAGUGCUACGAAGUGUUUGCUGAACUGUUUGAUAAGGUGAUCGAUGAGAGGCACAAUGGCUACAAGCCAUGGAUGAAACACCCAACAGAUCUGGAUUCUUCCAAGAUCCGUGGUGGCCAGUUUGAUGAGAAAUAUGUCUUAUCUAGCCGUGUACGUACUGGUCGCUGCAUUCGUGGCCUAAGCCUGCCUCCAGGUUGCAGCCGUGCUGAGCGUCGUGAGGUAGAGAAAGUGGUAGCAGAUGCCCUGAAUGACCUGAAAGGACCUCUGGCUGGAAAGUAUUAUCCACUUAGUAAGAUGACAGAUGAGGAACAAGAGCGUCUGAUUAAUGACCACUUCCUCUUUGACAAACCUGUGUCUCCUUUGCUGUUAGCAUCUGGCAUGGGAAGGGACUGGCCAGAUGCACGCGGAAUUUGGCAUAACGAUGCAAAGAACUUUCUGGUUUGGAUCAAUGAGGAGGAUCACACCCGUGUCAUCUCCAUGCAGAAAGGUGGAAACAUUAAAGAGGUCUUUGAUCGAUUCUGCACAGGACUUAAGGAGGUUGAGAGGCUUAUUCAGGCUAAAGGCUGGGAAUUUAUGUGGAAUGAACAUUUGGGCUACAUUUUGACCUGUCCUAGCAACCUUGGUACUGGAUUGCGUGCUGGUGUGCAUGUCAAACUGCCACUGCUCUCUAAGGAACCAAAGUUUGAGGAAAUUUUGCAAGCACUUAAGCUUCAAAAGCGUGGCACAGGGGGUGUUGACACAGCAGCUGUUGGUGGUACUUUCGAUAUAUCAAAUUCAGAUCGUUUAGGAAAGAGUGAGGUUGAACUUGUGCAACUGCUUAUUGAUGGAGUUAACUUGCUCAUAACAAUGGAGAAAGCUUUGGAGAAACGCCAGAGCAUUGAGAAAUAUAUCCCCAAGGCGAAGUAAGCAGCUUAGGCAUAUACUUGGAGGAAUACACACCACAGCAAAAGACUUACAGCAUAUUUAUGAACUUUGUAUUGAAAAAGAAAAAAAAAUGGAGAUCUGCCUUAUUAUUCCCUCCAAGUUUUUUCACAUUAAGGACAUUGUGUCUCACUCAAGGUUCUGUUUGCAUAUAAUGAAUUCAAUUCUGUUGGAUACAAAAACCAUUGUGCUCACUACAGUUCUUUCAUUUCUACCAUAUCCAAAUGAAAUGGGUUUACAAUUAACAGCUGCUUGCCAAUGGAUUUCACUGUGAUGCGCUACUUUAGAUUUUUAGAAAUCAUUGUUGUGAUGAAGUGGAUUUUUACACCAGCUCUCUAUUAUAGUAAUAUAUUGUAGUGUUAAUGUAUUUUGGCCCUUUUAUUCACUGAAAUUAUAUAAUUAAUAUAGUCUGAAGCUUCAUAAAAGUGUGAUGUUUAUGUUACUUUUGUUAUCCAGAUUCUGCCUUAAAAGUUACCUACAAUAAAUUUAAAACAUUA